AUGGGAAGGCAAGCAGCGAGAAUGAGCCAUGGCGGCCGCCGCCGCUCGUCAAUGGCUCAAGAGGGAAACCCUCUGAAGGAUGACGCAACCCUCCGUACCCAGAUGAUUCAGCUUGAUAGAGUGAAGAGUCGACGAAAGUUUGAUCCAUGGAAAAAGUCUUUCUUGAAGCGUUUUGAAUCAUUCCUGGAUCAAAGUGGAGUGGAAAAGGCUCAAGAAGCAUACGAACAGUUCAGCAAAGAGAUGGAUCGAACUGUGUCCCUUGUUCAGAAAUGCGAAGAACUGAACCAAAAGGGAGAUUUGACCAAUGAACGUGCCACUGUCAAAGGGCGUCGAGCAUUGAACGAAAUGGUGAAUGACUUGGUGCUUCGAUGGGGUGCAAUCAAAGAAAUUAUUCCCGGUACUGGAGACGAAGAGGAGCUACGUGGAUACAACAAGUUCCAGCUGGGCGCCAUUCUAGUACGAGAUGAUUUCUCGGAAUACGAACGCAUGGAAUACGUCUACGAUACCAUUCAUGUCUUUGGAUCUGAGACUCUCAGCGAAGUUGCAGACCGACUUCACAUUGAACAGUUUGCAAACUACCAAAUCCAAUUCCAACGCUUUUGUGAUCUACUUGCGGACCUGGGACUUUACGAAGUCAUGAUGGCAUGCCGUCAUUUUAGCAACUGCGAAGAUGACGAAGAGCAGUCGUUGACAGAGGAGUCCGAGUCUUUUGAGGAGGAAGGGUACAAUAUCAUUCUUGUCGACUUGAAGACUGCUAGUAUUUGCAAAAUGAAUGUCGAUGCUUUGGAGGCAAAGGGAGUCAUCUCGCUUGGAUUCACCGACAUGGAAGAGCCAUAUAUCAUGCAGUCUUGCGACACUAUGGAAAAGAUAGAAGAGAUCAAGCACAAGUUGAAUAACCACCCAUCAUUGGGCUUGGCAACCAACCUUGUUGUCAAAAGGUCAACCGUCAUGGAAAAUGAGUAUACCGAGCUUGAGGAAAAGGAAGCCGUCACCAGCAUGUGGGGGAUCACACUAAAGUCAACCAACAAAAAGACUAAAAAGAAUGAGGAGCUGUUUUUCCUUGAUCCAUAUACAGGGGCUGUUGGUGAAUUGAACCGUCAGGUAGCUAUCGACAGUGGUUGCAUUCAUGAAGAGAAGAAUGAACACAACAACCUUGUACUUCGAGAAGCCGAGAAGGAGGACAGCCAAUGGGAAACUCUCCGCGGAAAUAUCCGAGACAUUAUUGGAAUUCAAAUGGAAGCACCAGAGGGACGUGAUGAUGUUUCGUCCAACAUGCGCGUGGGAAGUGAACCCAUAUCGAUGGGCUAUUAG